AUUAGAGAAUAACAAAAAAAAAUCAACUAUGGCUUUUAACCUCUCAGCUGUUUCUUUAGCCACUCUGCUUUUGUUGGCAUCUUGUUCAUCAUUUGUGUUUGGUGUAUCAGAGGCCAGUUCAUCAUAUUCAUCAUCUUCACAUCACCAUUUAGUGAAGGGACUUUCAUGGAGUUUCUAUGAAUCUGAGUGUCCUAAGUUGGAAUCUAUUGUGAGAAAACAUCUCAAGAAGGUUUUCAAGGAGGAUAUUGGCCAAGCUGCUGGCUUGCUUCGCGUUCACUUCCAUGACUGCUUUGUUCAGGGAUGUGAUGGUUCAGUGCUGCUUGAAGGAUCAGCUAGCGGGCCGAGCGAGCAGGAAGCACCACCUAAUCUAAGUCUGAGGGCGACCGCAUUUGAGAUUAUCAACGACUUACGUGCGCUUGUUCACAAGGAGUGUGGCAGAGUCGUCUCCUGUGCCGACAUCACUGCUCUUGCAGCGCGCGAUUCUGUUUACCUGAGUGUUUCAGAAUGCAAAUGUUCAGAUGUUUCAGCCUCGUUUGGUUUGCACAGCCUCCGCAUCGGUUUAUAAAGACCAUGACGACGAGGACGACACGCGCUCUGUCGAUCACGUGCAUCGCCAUGUGUCUGGCGUGACUUUUGAUGGCUCGUCGCUCGAUGAUUUCUAUCGGGCACGACUUUUGAUGCAGUGGGCUCGCCUUUUGAGGGCGUGACUUUUGACGGCUCGAUAUAUAUAUACAUGUAUAUCUUUUGGGCAGCCUAUAUACACAAUCAUACAGUGUCUUCUACAUCGGUCCGGCAUGACCCCGUAAACUGUCCCGACAUUGAUUCCGGUCAGCUUCUACAA